AUGAGUGUUGUUUCCCCUUCGGAAGUUGAUGGAAUUUGGAAAAUGCUCGAUGAAAUGGCUACUAAUGAUCCAGUUAGCUAUCAGAAAUUUAUAGUUGAACAAUUAAAAAAGGCACCUGAUAUUCUCAGUCAACCGCAGUGUAGAGGAUUUCUUAGGUGUACACUUAAAUCAAGUUGUUCAAUAUUCAUCAAUCUCUGUGAAUGGCAACUUAUCGACAAACCAGAAUCAGAAACAGCUCCUAUUCCAUUCUAUUGUGGAGGCAUUUAUAGUGCCAAUAAUGGUAAAAUGUUCGUUAAAUUGCUACACGUUCUUUUAGCAAAGGUCACCUGUGUCGCCAUGCAUCCAUCAGUGUUUGCCCAUUAUAACAUUUUCCAAACAGCAAGAAAACGCGAUUCUCAUAUAAAUCAACUUCUUACAUUGAUAAUUCUUUUUAUAAAGCAUGAGAAAAGUAUUCACACGAUUGAGUGGGAGGAAAUAAAUGCUAAAAAAUUAGUAAAAUUCGACAUCACUUGGCGUUCAGAACCUUAUGGAGGUGAGUCUGAAAUGCUCAAAUCUCUGCGUCAUGAGAAAUUCUUUCUUGGCAAUACUUCUGAACACCUACUGGAUUCGAAAAACACGGCUACGCUAGAUACUUGCUCUAGUAUUACACCAGAAAUUGAACAGUCUCUUUCAGAACCAAUAGGAAACUCAAAACUAGUCCAAGAAGUUAAACCUACUCCCUGCUGGCGUCUCAGCAGGCACAACAGAAAGCCCAACACCUGCCAGUACGUUAUCAUAUUGCCCAUGGGCUUGAAAAUGGAGAACUGCACACUGGACAUAUCUGAAGUAGGUAUCGACCAAUCUCAAAACUCGCUUCCUUAG